UGUAGGAGAUCAUUCUUGUGCCUCAUGGCUGCGGUUCUUGGAAACAGCACCCGAACUAUGGGAACUUCAGAUUGUGAGCUGAGAAGCCAGUUCAAAAGGAGAAGGAGGAGGUCGACAAGAAAAGAGAGAACAAGUAUGUUGUCAUCUUUCAUCGGCCCCAUGAAGUUUAGAGACAUUGGGACAACAACAUCAAGAGACCGUGGAGACACUUCAAGUACCAGCAGCGUUGAGGUGAAGGAGAACCGCGACAGCAGAAACCAAGUGGACUAUUCCACCGUACUACAACCUGGACAUCAUACAUCAUCAGCUCUUUGCACUGACAUCUCCAAAAGAAAGACGACAGUGGACUGUACCCUGGUACCUGCACAUCAUACACCAGCUCUUAACACUGACAUCUCCAGAGGGCUCUCCAGGACCACUGCUCUACAGAGGAAGCAGCCAUUGGUGGAAGGAAAAGACAGGCUUCUCUACAAACUCCAGUUGAUUUGUAAGAGGACGGCCCAUUGUCUCACGUCAGAUAGCGCCACGACUCCGUCUGCACGGUGGGUUGGGGGACGAGCGUCGCAUGGGAGUGAUGCCACCUGUCAGAAGACAAUGAUGACUUCCUGGUCUGGCACAAAGAAGAAUGCCCUGGUGCAUUUGAAUGAGCUGAGACCAGGUCUACAGUAUGAGAUAGUGUCUCAGACAGGGCCAGUUCACGCCCCUGUGUUCGCUGUAGGAGUAGAGGUCAACGGACUCAGGUUCGAGGGCCAAGGCCCCACCAAGAAGAAGGCUAAGAUGAGGGCAGCAGAGCUGGCUCUUAGGUCCUUCAUCCAGUUCCCCAACGCCCAUCAGGCUCACAUCACCAUGGGAAACCUCAACUUCAUCAACACCACAGCACCAGCAGACUUCACCUCAGAUCAGGCUGAUCUCGUCCCCGACACGCUCUUCAAGGAGUUUCAGCCAGAAGCACAGGAAGACCAAAUCCUUAAUCACAGAACAGGGGGAAAGGAGUUGCAGUUCGAGGAACCACCAGCACAAGGACAACUCUACAGAGCAGUGAAAAAAGGACAGGAGUUGCUCUCCAGUAUCUGUAACCAUGGGAGACUAGUGCGCCUGACCCUUGACCUGAUGUCCUCAGCCAAUCAGAAAAGGCAGAGGAUCGGUUCCUCUAUCGUUGGGGAACUGAGGCCCGUGGCUCUGCUCAAUGAGUUGAUGCCAGGCUUGAGGUAUGUCUGCCUGACAGAGAGAAAGAAAGGCAGGCCGAUCAGGAGCUUUGUGAUGGCAGUACGGGUGGAUGGAAGGGUAUUUGAGGGCUGUGGGCGCAGUAAGAGGCUAGCUAAAGCCGAGGCAGCAGCCUCAGCCCUACAGGACCUGUUUAACAUCAGUCUGGGUCCUGAGAGGAGCAUCAGCAAUACUGCCAGCUGGGCCAAGAGCGCACAGCUACCUCAGUGCUUUGCAGAGUAUAUCUUCCACUUGGUGAGAGAGAAACACAGUGAGCUGGCUGACUGUUGCUGCACUCCCUCCCAGUCGCACAGGCGUCACAAAGUACUGGCAGGCAUCGUAAUGACCAGAGGUUUUGAUCUGAGGCGAGCCCAGGUGGUGUCUUUGGGGACAGGGACCAAGUGUAUCAGUGGAGAGUGUGUCAGUGACCAGGGAUGGGCGGUUAAUGACUGCCAUGCUGAGGUCACCACCAGGAGGGCUUUCCUCCGCUUCCUCUAUGCCCAACUGGAGCUUUUCCUCUGCAACCGGCCAGGCAGUUUGGAGCAGUCGAUUUUUGUGCGAGACAAAGAGUCAGUAUACAGACUGAGAGACGGUAUUCUGUUCCAUAUGUAUGUGAGUUCAUCGCCCUGCGGGGACGCACGCCUCAACUGUCCCUACGAGAUCACAGCUACACACCAGAGCGGGUAUAGAUUUGUGAGAAAGUUGCGCUGCCAUCUGAGGAUGAAGAUGGAAGGCGGUGAGGGUACACUUCCUGUCAGCAUACUGAGAGCCAAUCAGAAAUGGGACAGGAGGUUGCCGAGGGAAGCUCCCAUAACCAUGUCCUGCACAGAUAAAAUUGCCAGGUGGAAUAUUCUAGGUCUCCAGGGCUCUCUCCUGUCUCACCUGGUGGAGCCAGUGUACCUCCAUAGCCUCACAGUGGGCAGCCUGUGCCACACGGGUCACUUGGGAAGGACCAUGGCACGACGCAUGGGGCACAUCGCCCCUCUGCCCUCGUCCUAUAGACGCAACAGGCUACUGCUUGGCUGCCUCAGCAGCAGUGAGGGUCGGCCGCCAGGGAAGUCCCCAAGCUUCAGUGUGAACUGGAGUGCUGGAGAUGGAGAGCUGGAGGUGGUGGAUGUCUCCACAGGCAGGAAAGACUCAGGGACACCAUCCAGACUCUGCAAGAGAUCCUUCUUCACUCGCUGGGAGAGACUACACCACCAGCUUAGCAGUCCAGGAGGAGUAUUGGAUGCAGAGGAGGCCCAUUUUCUUAUGUCAGAUAGCACAACGACUCUGUCUGCACGGUCGGUUGAGGGAAGAGUAUCGCCUAGGAGUGACGCCACCUGUCAGAAGAAAAUGGAGGAGGCCAUGAAGACGUACUGUGGUGCUAAGAUGGCAGCAGGGGCCUACCAGAGAGCCAGGCAGAAGUUUGUCGUCUCGCUGCAGGAGGCAGGUCUGGGCAUCUGGAACAGGAAACCACCAGAACAGGAGCAUUUCCAGAGCAGGGUGUGAGGGGCUCUUCUAGAAGAAGCAGUCCAGGGAAUUUUCUUUAGCCAAAUUCCCACCCACCCACACACACACACACACACACACACACACACACACACACACACACACAAGCUGUUCCAAUCAUGGUAACUAAGAGGUUGUAAAAUACAAUGUCACCACGAUAGGAACAGCACAUACAGUGCCUUCGGGAAAGUAUUCAGACCCCCGAGACAGGAUUGUAUCGAGGUACAGAUCUGGGGAAGAGCACCAAAACAAUUCUGUAGCAUUGAAGGUCCCCAAGAACACAGUGGCCUCCAUCAUUCUUAAAUGAAAGUAGUCGCUCUGGAUAAGAGCGUCUGCUAAAUGACUUAAAUGUAAAUGUAAUGUAAUGGAACCACCAAGACUGGGGGAGAAGGGCCUUGGUCAGGGAGGUGACCAAGAACCCAAUGGUCAACCUGACAGAGCUCUAGAGUUCCUCUGUGGAGAUGGGAGAACCUUCCAGAAGGACAACCAUCUCUGCAGCACUCCACCAAUCAAGACUUUAUGGUAGAGUGGCUUGACGGAAGCCAACCCUCAUUAAAAGGCACAUGACAGCCCGCUUGGAGUUUGCCAAAAGGCACCUAAAGACUCAACAACAAGAUUCUCUGGUCUGAUGAAACCAAGAUUGAACUCUUUGGCCUGAAUACCAAGCGUCAUGUCUGGAGGAAACCUGGCACCAUCCCUAUGGUGAAGAUUGGUGGUGGCAGCAUCAUGCUGUGGGGGUGUUUUUCAGUGACAGGGUCAUGGAGACUAGUCAGGAUUGAGGCAAAGAUGAAUGGAGCAAAGUACAGAGAGAUCCUUAAUGAAAACCCGCUCCAGAGCCCUCAGGUCCUCAGACUGGGGCGAAGGUUCACCUUCCAACAGGACAACGACCCUAAGCACACAGCCAAGACAACGCAGGAGUGGUUUCGGGACAAGUCUCUGAAUGUCCUUGAGUGGCCCAGCCAGAGCCCGGACUUGAACCCCAUCGAACACCUCUGGAGAGACCUGAAAAUAGCUGUGCAGCGACGUUCCCCAUCCAACCUGACAGAUCUUGAGAGGAUCUGCAGAGAAGAAUGGGAGAAAAUCCCCAAACACUGGUGUGCCAAGUGUCAUGACUGUCCUGUGAGGAUCACAAUGGAUCAGAUCAGCUUGGCAAUGGCUGACAAUAACCAGACCUUCUCUCACCCGCAGAGGGGAGGAGGGAACUGGUGUGGGAGUUUUGACACCUCCACACCCGGUCGUAAAUUUAAGUAGAAGAAGACCUUCUUUCUCCCCCUUUAGUGUCGACCAAAGGAAUGUCUUUGUGUCACAGUCUGUUCCCGCUGAAACUCUAACAUGGUCCAAUGUGGAUAAUGGAACAAUAUUUCUAACAUAACAAUGUGGGGAAUGGUCAGUGGGGAAAUAUGGAAAACCAAUGUAAUAUUGGUUUUCAUUUUGUGAUGUCAUUAUAAAACUGUAUGGAUGAAAUACUAUAACUUGGAAAGUAUGUCCUCUUUAUCUGUCAAGGUUUCAUCCAAUACAUUGUGCAUUUGAUAUGGUCAGCGACUUCAAUGAGUUACGAUGUUUUUUCAUCCAACUUGGUCAUUGUGUUCAUUAAUUGGAUUGUCUUUGGUCUGCAGCAUUUGGACUAGAACAUUACUGAGUGUUGUUCAUCAAAACUGCAUGCAUAUUAUCAAGUUGCAAGACCCUGUUUGUAGAUAACUCGUCCGAUUUAUCUAGUUUUGCGUGGACUUCAUUGUAUUUAGUUUUGGCUAAAUUGAGUUGUUCUUGUAGAAGACGAUUUUGUUGAAGAGUUUGUGCUCGUCCGUCGUCAUAAGUUUUUGUCAUUACUUUUAAUUGUUCAGUUUUCAAACGCAGUUCCACGGCUAGCAGUAUUGUUCCCUUUUCUGCUUUUGUCAUUCGUUUCCCGGUUCUCUCCAGCUGUCCCUUCAUGUCAGCCGUUUCUCGUGCUUCUGCUGUGCACUGCGGUACUGGACAGAUGUCAAUCUCUGCUGGCGGCUAUAUAUCAGGGCUAAACUGGAGAGAACCUUUACAGGGCCUGUGUCUGAUGAUCUAUUUGGGAGGGCGUCUGUCGCAAUUUCUGCUGUUUUCUUGCGUAUGUCAUAGUUUGGGUUUAUAUCGCUGCUGAGGUCAGCGAUCAAUCUAUC